AUGGGCUGGUUUGAUGGGAGCUCCUCCCACUCCCACAAGCGUUCGCACUCACGCGAUAGCAAACACCACCACCACAGCAGCAAGCACCGUCACUCCUCGCCCUCAAUCUUCGGCGGCGACUCUAAACACGAUAGGCACCAUAGCUCCUCCCGAUCUAUCUUUGGAGGCAGCGAUCACCACAAACACAACAAAUCAACCUCCUCAUUCUUUAGCCUCGGCGGCGGGGAUAGUCAUAAGCAUAGCUCCUCGCGGUCGAUCUUUGGUGGUGGUGACCCAAAGAGGAACUCGAGCAGGUCCUCUUUCUUUGCACCCUUCGGAGGCGGCAAUCGCUCUUCUUCAUACUACAAACGCAGCCCCCGAGGCGGCUACCUAAAGCGCAUCUACUCAAAACUGCGUCAUCUCCUCCGCGAUCUCAUCUACUACAUGAAGCGACACCCCGUCAAAGUCUUCAUGCUCGUUAUAAUGCCUUUGAUUACAGGCGGAGCUUUGACGGGUUUGCUGGCCAAAUUCGGAUUGAGGAUGCCGGCCGGCCUUCAGAAGAUGUUUGGCGUGGCGGGUGGUGGUAGUGGUGGUGGGAUGGGAGGUGGUGGGAGGGAGUGGGAGAGAAGUAGCAUGCAAGCAGAGGGCCCGCUUGGUGCUAUGGGCGGCAUUGGUGGGGCUAUGAAUGCCAUGGGUGGCAUUGGAAGUGCCGUUAAAAUGGCCAAGAUGUUUAUGUGA